CAGGGGGCUAAGCGCCAUUCAGCUGGCUUGGGAACCAACUGUCCCCGGUCCCGACACGCUUAGACUCCUGGGAGUUGUAGUACUAAUCCAGUCAGGAUUGGAACCAUGGCGGUGACCAAAGAGCUCUUACAGAUGGAUCUGUACGCGCUGCUAGGUAUCGGGGAGAAGGCGGCGGACAAAGAGGUGAAGAAGGCAUAUAGACAGAAGGCCCUCUCCUGCCACCCAGACAAAAAUCCGGAUAAUCCCAGAGCAGCUGAACUCUUCCACCAGCUUUCUCAGGCCUUGGAGGUACUGACCGAUGCUGCUGCCAGGGCUGCAUAUGACAAGGUCAGGAAAGCCAAGAAGCAGGCAGCAGAGAGGACCCAGAAACUUGAUGAAAGAAGGAAGAAAGUGAAGCUUGACUUGGAGGCCAGGGAGCUGCAGGCCCAGACCCAUGGCAGCGAGGAGGAGGAGGAGAGCCGGAGUGCCAGGACGCUAGAACAAGAGAUCGAACGCCUGCGAGAAGAGGGUUCCCGGCAGCUGGAGGAACAGCAGAGGCUGAUGCAGGAGCAGAUCCGACAGGAACGGGAACAGAGGUUGAGAGGAAUGACAGAAAAUCUUGAAAGCAAAGGAACCCCCAAGCUAAAGCUCAAGUGGAAGAGCACAAAGGAGUCCGAGUCCCAAGGUGGAUAUUCCAGAGAUGUCCUCCUGCGGCUUUUACAAAAGUAUGGAGAGGUGCUCAACCUGGUACUUUCCAGUAAGAAGGCAGGCACUGCCGUGGUGGAGUUUGCGACCGUCAGGGCUGCGGAGCUGGCUGUCCAGAAUGAAGUGGGCCUGGUCGAUAACCCUCUGAAGAUUUCCUGGUUGGAGGGACGGCCCCAGAGUUCGAUGGGCCCCAGCCACCCAGGAGCAUCCCAGGGCUCAGUGCUAUCCGAAAGGGACUACGAGAGCCUCGUCAUGAUGCGCAUGCGCCAGGCCGCUGAGCGGCAGCAGCUGAUUGCCCAGAUGCAGCAGGAGGAGCAGGCGGGGCAGCCCACCUAGCCUCCUACCCCAAGCCUUCCCACCCCACAGCCCUUUUCUUACACAUCACCAAUAAACUUUUCUUUUUUCUUUC